CCCUGGACACACUUCUGUCCUAAUCCCGCACCCCACACCUCUCUCGCUGUGACUUCCUCCCUCCUGCCACCUUCCCCACCUUCCCUCCUCAGCCUCUGCCCUGCUUGCCCCGCGUCUCUCGGUCCACCUCGUCUCCACGCCGGGGCCAGCCUCCCACCCACCAUGUUCCCCUGAGCCUCCAAGGAGGGGGCUCAGGGGGGCCUGAUGGCUUCCCGCCCCCCGUGUCCCCACCGCCCCCGUGGGCCAGGGGCAGUGCCCCGAGGAUGGGCAACGGCACGUGGGAGGGCUGCCACGUGGACUCGCGCAUGGACCACCUCUUCCCGCCCUCCCUGUACAUCUUCGUCAUCGGCGUCGGGCUGCCCACCAACUGCCUGGCCCUGUGGGCGGCCUACCGCCAGGUGCAGCAGCGCAACGAGCUGGGCGUGUACCUCAUGAACCUGAGCAUCGCCGACCUGCUGUACAUCUGCACGCUGCCGCUGUGGGUCGACUACUUCCUGCACCACGACAACUGGAUCCACGGCCCCGGCUCCUGCAAGCUCUUUGGCUUCAUCUUCUACACCAACAUCUACGUCAGCAUCGCCUUCCUCUGCUGCAUCUCCGUGGACCGCUACCUGGCCGUGGCCCACCCGCUGCGCUUCGCCCGCCUGCGCCGGGUCAAGACGGCCGUGGCCGUGAGCUCCGUGGUCUGGGCCACAGAGCUGGGUGCCAACUCGGUGCCCCUGUUCCACGACGAACUCUUCCGCGACCGCUACAACCACACCUUCUGCUUCGAGAAGUUCCCCAUGGAGGGCUGGGUGGCCUGGAUGAACCUUUACCGGGUCUUCGUGGGCUUCCUCUUCCCGUGGGCCCUCAUGCUGCUGUCCUACCGCGGCAUCCUGCGCGCCGUGCGCGGCAGCCUGUCCACCGAGCGCCAGGAGAAGGCCAAGAUCAAGCGGCUGGCGCUCAGCCUCAUCGCCAUCGUGCUGGGGUGUUUCGCGCCCUACCACGUGCUCCUGCUGUCGCGCAGCGCCGUCUACCUGGGCCGGCCCUGGGACUGCGGCUUCGAAGAGCGUGUCUUCUCGGCCUACCACAGCUCGCUGGCCUUCACCAGCCUCAACUGCGUGGCCGACCCCAUCCUGUACUGCCUCGUCAACGAGGGCGCCCGCAGCGAUGUGGCCAAGGCCCUGCACAACCUACUGCGCUUCCUGGCCAGCGACAAGCCCCAGGAGAUGGCCAACGCCUCCCUCACCCUGGAGACGCCGCUCACGUCCAAGAGGAACAGCGUGGCCAAGGCUGUGGCGGCGGGCUGGGCGGUGGCCCCGCCCUCGCAGGGGGACCAGGUGCAGCUGAAGAUGCUGCCGCCACCAGUACAGUGACCCCCAGGCUGCCCAG